AGACGGGAGAGUGAAGAAAUCUUGAGUCGCUGAGAAGCAGCAGCAAGAAUAGGUCGGACGUUCGCAGCAGCUCUGAUCCUCCUGCACAAAGGCUAGCAACCAUCGGGGAAAGGCUCCCCCACAGAAAAGUUCUGGAGGAACUUUUGCUUUUGUUUGAAGUGGGGGGAUAACAUGAUGAGAGUUGAGGUCUUUCUGUAUUCCUUCAGCCUUCUGGAGCUGAUUUAUCAAAGCCACGGAGUAACCAUCACAUCGACAGUUCGUAAUGUUGAAGUGAAGGAAUUUGAACCGGCAACGCUCACCUGCAUUUACCACGUGGAAAGAGAUGCCAACCCUCGGGUGGAGUGGAAGAAAAUCAAAGGAGCUGACGUACGUUUUGUGUAUUUUGAUGGUUCUCUCACAGAGGCAUAUGGGGCUCGGGCAGAGAUGAGAGGCUCCAACAUCAGACUGCAUGAAGUGACCCGGGCAGACAUGGCUACCUACCGGUGUGAAGUGGUAGCCAAGGAGGACAGGGUGGUCUUUGCAGAAAUAGAUGUCAAACUCUCUGUCCUCGUGCCACCAGCCGUUCCCACGUGUAAAAUUCCGAGCUCCGCAAUGUCAGGGUCGAGGGUCAUGUUGACCUGCAAGGAGUCAGAGGGCUCGCCUCCGUCCGAUUACACCUGGUUCAAAGACAACAAAGUGCUCCUGGAGCGUCCUACUAAGGAUUCGACCUUCACCAACACAUCCUACACAGUGAACCAAAAGACUGGAGUACUGACAUUUAACCCUGUCAGAAAGACUAACAGUGGAGCAUACCACUGUGAAGCGAAAAACAAAGCUGGUGGCCCAAAGAAAUGUUCUGUUCAGUUCAUGCAAAUCAACGAUCUUGACGUCGGUGCAGUCGUCAUCACCGUAGUAAUCAUCGCCUUGGUGCUGUCGCUGUGCGGGCUCGGAAUGUACUACGCCCACAGAAAGGGUUACUUAGGGAAGUCAAGAUCAUCUAAGGGAAAAGAUACCGAGCAGAAGACUGUCUCCCCAGUUAAUGAAGAUUUCAAACAUACCAAAUCUUUUGUUAUCUGAAGUAGAGGGAAGGACAGUACAUCUGUGAAGAAUUCCAAACCACUAUUCAUAUCCAUAAAGAAUGUUCAGCUUGUAUUUAGGACAGUGGGGUAGAUCUUGACUUUGUUCCUCCAAUUCUGGCCUCUUGUGCAUCCCUGAUUUCCUUUACCUCACCAUUGGUCACAGGACCCUCAGUUGCCUAGGCCCUAAGCUUUGGAAUUCCCUCUCUCGUCCUCUCCUCCUCUUUCAAGACACUCCUUCAACUUUCCUCUGUAAGCAGUAAUAUCUCCCUAUAUGGCUGUGUCAGCCAUCAUCUGAUAGUGCUCCUGUGAAGCAUCUUGCAUCGUUUUACUGUGUUUAAGCCGCUUCAUGGAUACAGGGUGUUGACAGCAAGUCAGAAAUCUGUUGUACAUCUCUACAGUUGUCUUUAAUGGAAAAAUGGAGAGAGAUGCGAAAUGGACUGCCAGCUCUAUCACCAUCAUCUCUUCUACAGUAUUGCAUAAGGCCAAGAUUUACCCCAAUGCCCUAUGCUCAAAAUAACUUUGAAUUCUCUGACUGAAAACAAUGUCCUAUGCGUGACACUUGAAGGUAGUAUUGGCUCAUGUCCAUGCACAUAAACCACCACUCAUUUUAAAAAAAGGCAAGUCCUGUAGGUCCAAUGGUCCAUUUAACAGGGUCUUGGCACAUUUCUAUUAAAUUAGGUUUUUUUUUGAAAGAGGGAAAAGAACAGCAAAUGCUGGAAAUUUAGAAUGAGUCAGGCGUUCUGACUUGACUGUUACCCAACGGAAUCUGGACAGGGAAUUCUUCCAGUGUCCUAGCCAACAUUUAUCCGGCAUACAUCACUAACAAGAGAUUGCAGUGGGUGGUCAUUCACCACAUUGCUGCUCGUGGGAGCUUGCCGCACACAAAUUGGCUGCCGUGUUUCCUACAUUUAUAACAGCGGCUACACUUCAAAAGUACUUCAUUGACUGUAAAGUGCUUUCAAAUGUCCUGAGGUCAUGAAAGGUGCUAUAUAAAUUCAAGUCCUUUCCUUUCGUCAUAUUGCAUUUUAUUCAGUCCUAUAAAAGCAGGGUUAUCUGUGACCCUUUGCAAUCCAGCUCUUAAAACCCAGGCACCUCGAACCUAUCAGUGCUGAUAUUUAUUUAAAACCGUAGCCCCCAUUAAUUUGUAUAUUUCUCAAAUUACUGAUAUCCUGAUGUUUGUAGGAAUUGUCCACUAAAAAAGACAGACCUACGUUUACAACCUCAGAACAUCACAAAGUGCACCACAGGCAGUGACAUACUUUUGAAGUGUAGCCACUGUUGUAAUGUAGAAAACAUGGCAGCCAAUUUAUGCACAGCAAGCUCCUACAAUAUGACAUCAUGAUUUGAUUUAGUGAUGUUAAUUAAGGAAUAAAUAUUAGCCAGGACAAUGGGAAAAACACUUUUUCAAAAUAGCAUCAUGGGAACCUUUUACAUAUACCAGAUGGGGCCUUGGUUCAAUGUCUCAUCUGAAAGACAGCAGCUGUAACAAUGCAGCACCCCCUCAGUGUUGCGCUGAAGUUUCAUAUUAGAUUAUGUGCAUGUCUCUGGAAUGGGACUUGAACCUACAACCUUCUGAAUCAUAGGCAAGUAUGUUACCCACUGAGCCACAACAAUGAGACAACAGCAUUAUGAGCAGAUGAUUCCAAGUUCCCCAGAUAUAUAACACUAAAACAGGUCUCAUGAGAUCCAUGAGUGACUAUCUGAGGGUGUGCAAGCAGCAAGCAAAGUGUCUCAAGACUUUUAGAUAUAUAUUUUUCCCAAUAUUUGUUGAUUUACUUGCUAGAUAUUGUCAGAGUACUAAUGAACAUUCGUCUUCAAAAAUGGCACUGAUUUCCUUUGCAUUGAGAGACUAAAUGGGAAAGUCCAUGGCAGGUGCAGGGAAGUGUGAGGUCACCUACUUUGAAUCUUGAAUCUGAGUACGAUAAGUCAACCAGUUUUCUUAAUGUACUCAGAAACUCUAAGAGCUGAGAAGAAGCAAAGGGAUUUGUACAUCCAUGCAGAAAAAUCAUAAAACCAGUGCACAGGUUUCAAAGAAAAAGCUAAUGGAAUGUUAGCUUUUAACUCAAUAACCAUGCUUCAGUUUUAUAGGGCUUUGGUCAGACCCCAUCUGAUGUACUUGUACAAUUUUGGGCCACACACUUCAGGAAGCAAUUAUUGGACUUGGAAGGGGUACAGCAUGGAUUCACCAGAAAAACAGUAAGGAUUGAGGAGAAAUUACAUAAACGUGGUUUGUAUUCCCUUGAGUUUAGAUUUUGAGGAAUGAUUUUUCUUAAUCAUUUGCAGGAUGUGGGCAUCACUGGCUAGGCCAGCAUUUAUUGCCCAUCCUUAAUUGCCCCCGAGAAGCUGGAGGUGAGCUGAUUUCUUGAACCGCUGCAGUCCCUGCGGUGUAGGUAAUCGAGCUGUUUUAAAAUGGUAAAGUUAUUCAGGAAGGUUGAUAGAGAGAAACUAUUUCCUGUGGUGGGGGCAAUAAAGAGUAAGGGGAUAUCUUGAAAUUGGAGCUGGGCUAUUCAGGAGUGAAACUUUCCCACACCAGUGUUCGUGGAAAUCUGGAAUUCGCUCCCAUGUUUGGUCAAUUGCAGUUUUCAAGAGUGAGAUUCACAGGUUUUGUUGGGUAAGGAUUUCAAGGGAUAUUGAGAAAGGGCAGGUAAAUGGAGUUGAGAUACAGAUUAUCCAUGAUCUGAUUGAAUGGCAUAACAGGCUCAAGGGGCUGAAUGGCCUACUCCUGUUCCUAUAAUAGCUUAUGCUCUCAAUCGGGAAAUUGUGUUAAAGGAAUACAUGUGACUUGAUCAGAAUUUGCAGAAGACCAUAAGAAUGUUUAAAUAUUGCAAGUGAUCCUGAAGAGAGUGUAUCAGCAUUAGCAUUGAGGGUGCCCAGGAAUAUAAUCAGUAGCUUCAGGGAGAACCCCUACUGUUUACAAAUAUUUCUUAGAUGGGACCCAGGAAUAUAUCAGUAUUUGCAGGGGGAACAUCACUACAGUGUAUCAAUAUUAGUUGGAUUUUCCGAGAAAUUUAUCAGUAUUUGCAGAAAAAUUCGAACACAGUUGCUAUAAGUGCUUGCUCAGGUGGAGGGCCGUGAAAGAAGCAUUGAUCUGUCCAGUCUUUUGAGAUGCUGAUAGAUUUGUGUAUUUCCAGCAUUUUCUGUUGAUGCUAGCUCUUUUUACAUGCUUUUUUUUUUUAAAGCUGCUUUGAGUUACAUAACUUAAAUUGAUGCAGAAAAGCUUUGUUGCUGUGUAUAAGAAGUUUAAAAAACUAACUUUUAAACAGAAUUGUAAUUUUAACUGUUAAUAACCAGAGUCAAUAGUAAGUUAACAUUGAACCCAAUGUCCUGUACUGACACUUUGUUUUUUCUAACACUGAUUAAACAGUAUGUGGAAA